UAUUGCUUCACACACAAACCAUCCUUGUCUGUGAUAAGAACGUCACCGCUAGCAUGCGCGAAUAUUUUUUCAAUGGACCUAUUUAGACUCCGGUUCGUGUACGCGGCAAACCGAACCGGCGUUUUGCUGUUUGCUUCAGUUUCUCAAUAGCAAGCGACGGAGGUGGACGCGAGUGUCGCGCGCGCCAUCACCUCCAGUGAAACUCGUACAACGUAUUUCAAACUAAAUGUGCAUUUAACUGUACGGAUCUGUAUUUAUGAAAUAAAAUGUGUAAAACGCAGUGUGUUUUGGCGUUGCUAGCGCUCUCCGUGGGGGUGGCGCACUCCUGGGAUAUAGCGGUAACGUCAGGAGACCGGCUAGAAUUUUUUUUAAACAAUGGAACAAAGUCGCUAACAGAAGACUCACAGUUUAGGGACCUCACAGCGCUGGCUUACGAUGCAGUCCACAACAUGUUACUCUUCGUCGACAAACAGAGCGACAACGCAUCCAUAUUUAGUUUUAACAUUACAAGCAAAAAGUACCAAUCUUUAGUUGCAAAGAAAGCAUAUGAAAAUAUCCAAGGUUUGGCCUUCGAUCCAGUGAAAGGUUUGCUCUUCUGGACUGACACAAACGAGCGGAGCAUAUACUGGAUUUCACUGAAGCCUGGAUAUAAGAAUCACCUAUAUGGCAAUCUUUUGAUCAAGAUGGAUGAUGAGCUCCCCAGAGCCAUUGCUGUGGACAGCUGUAGGGGGUAUGUCUACUGGACUAAUACAAACGUUACAAAGCCUACGAUAGAGAGAGCUCUCUACGACGGCACCAAAAGAGAGGUUUUAGUAAACAACAAUAUUUAUAUGCCAGUCAGCUUGGCCAUUGACCAGCAGACGAAGAAAAUGUACUGGGCCGAUGACCGAGAAGGUAUUCAUUAUUCUAUUGAAAGCGCAGAUUUGGAUGGAAAGAACAGAAAAACUUUGUUAACUGGAAUACAUCAUCAGCCAAAUACAUUGACGGUAUCAAAGGACUCCAUCUACUGGGUGGACUGGGGUUUCAAAUCCGUAUGGCAGCUACCAAAGAACCCGCCGGUAGACCAGGAGCCUGUACAGAUUAGUAACUUCAAUAACGAGACACCUUUCGGAAUUGCUGCUAACUAUAAAAUUGAAGACCAAAUUCAAGGAAUCGAGGAAUGCGAAGCACUGGGAAAGCUGCCUCAAAAUAAGUCGGAAAUAAGUGACUCUUUCAACAUUCCUAAGGAUGUCGGCCUAUUUUGUGUUCACGGAACUAAAGUUAAUGGGAAACUGCUUUGCAAAUGCACGCUUGGGUACACUGGUGACAGAUGCGACAUUUCAGUCUGCCAGAACUAUUGUUUCCAAGGAGAUUGUGGGGUCAAUGACAAAGGAAAACCAGAAUGCAGAUGCAAUUCUGGUUACUCUGGACAGAGAUGUGAAGUCAAUGAGUGUCAUGGUUACUGUUUGAACAAUGGGGCCUGUUCUCUGAACGAGAAAAAUGAACGCGAAUGUCAAUGCAUAGGAGACUUUGAAGGGUCAAGGUGUGAGACUCCUAAAGUAUUUACAACUACUACCACUUCAACGUCUACUCCUACGACUACUUCAGAAGCAUCAGUUAGGACAGAAACUAACACAAGUUGCCAGUGCAAUAACACUGAUUCUGCAGCAGCUUCAAGGUCAUCAAUGUCAAUGUCUUCGGAAAAUGCUAUAAUAGAGACCUGCGGUGACGGCUGGGACUCCGUGAGAGACCCUAUCAUCAUAAUCCUGGCUAUCAUCUGCAGUGCGCUCUGCUUAGCUUGUGUAGUACUUAUCACUAAAAUUCUUCAGCUGAAGAAGAGACCAAGAAUCAAGAAGCGUAUAAUCGUCAACAAGAAUGUAACGCCGAUGACGGCGAGGCCCGACCAAUGCGAGAUCACCAUUGAAAACUGUUGCAACAUGAACAUUUGUGAAACUCCGUGUUUUGAACCGAGAUCUACCAUAAGACCAUCCUUACUAGACUCUAAACCCGGUAAAGAAGAAAAGAAGAACCUAAUUGCAAAUAUGGAGUAUCCAGACGAUCCAUACUAACAUUUUCGGUUUAUUUGUGUGGCGUACAAUACUUUGGCUAUAAUACUAAAGCACAAUAUACAUAAGGAAUUAUUCAGAAUACAUGGAAUCUUUAAACAUAGCAGCUGAGGUUGAAAUAAAAAAGUUUGCCCACUUUUUUAUGAUCAGACUGUGAAGAAGGUGCUAAUUGUGAACUGUACUCUAUCUUGACUGAGGUAAAGUCUAAUACAGUUUUUCCAAACAAUACAAUUUGUAUGUAAUAUUUAUUCACAUUUUGAUACAAAUAAUUUUGAAACCAAUUAGAAAAAACAACAGUAGCAAGCUACAAUUUUUAUAUCUGAGUGUUUUUAAUUCCAUUAGUAUUUUUAACAGAAAUAACCUUAUGAAAAGGAUUAUUAUUUUCUAUUUUCCAUACUGAAUAUUCCUUAUAAUAUUGUGCUAAGGUUUACAUAUAUGUGAUAUUUGAUUAAGGAAUGAGAAUAUGACGCGGAAAACGAUUACAUUAAUCUUUUGCGCCGUCUGAGGGCUGUGCAUGAUUGCUAAAAUCUGAGUGCAUGGAAACUAGAUUUUAGGUGUAUUUAUUUCAGUUCAAAGUGAACAGGCAUAUCGUGAAUACGUAAACCUUAAGGGACUUUGCUAAAAUUCACAUUGCAGUAGGUAUUUUUUUUAAUUAAUUCACAAGGUGCCUUCCUAUUGACUUAGUACUACGAUUAACAUAAUAAUAUGUUUUGUCCAAAAAUUAUGUUAAAAAACAUGUUGAUUUUAGCAUAGUUCCUAUAAUGUAGGCAUUUGAGUCAAUUUUUCGUUAUAUCUCUCAAUUUCCUCUUCUUAUACUCUUUUCAAGAUGUCGAUUCCCUUCUUUUCUUUAUUGGUUAAGUUGUAGUGACUUGGUGCCAAAGUUUUUUUUUUAUAUAAAAUUCGUUGCUUCCUUACACGAUAAUAAAAGAAUAUGAUCGGCUUCUAAUAACGUGAAAUGGUCUCGAAAUGAAAGAUAAUGUAGCAUUUAUAAAUUAUUAAAAAUAGUGCACCUAGUUGCAUAUGGGUGCAGAUUUUUGUUACUAUUUUCUAAUUUACUGUUACCAAAUUUUUUUGAAUAAUUACUUUGUUUUUUUUAUUUAAUUUAAUUAAUUAUUAUUUUUUUCAUAUUUUUUUGAUCAUUUUCGACAUGUCAUUGUAGAAAAUUAAUUGAAAAUUAUCAAAAAAUAUUCAGUUGAAUGGGUUGUAUUGUACGUCUUUUUACCUGACUUUGAAAAGUAGGUCGCUGAGAGACCUACCUCAUUUUUAUUCCGUCUUUGUGUUCAACUAUGUAGAUCCACAAACUUAUACGUCAUCUGUGAGUUUUUUCCUUGCUCAUGUUGGAUAUUUUACUGCCAGUAUCAUAAAUGGGUCGUUUUAUCAAAAAAUCGAUCUUCCAGAAUUAAAAAAGAACGCGACUGUUAUGCUUCAUAAACAUUUACUGUUCCAAUUUAGGGAAUGAUCAUUCUUAAUUUUCAUGAUCUUAGGGAUUAUAUUUAACGACUAUAAAAGAACAUUUUGACAGUGAAAAUUAUUUAGGAUCAUCUCAAAAAGUGAAUUAGUAUUCUAGGAACAUUAAACUUAAGGUUCAAUUAUCCAAUCAUCAAUUUUAUCAAAGACAUUCAUUUUAUAAAACAUGUCACA